UGCAAGAUAUUUUGCUUUCAAACGAAGGAUUAAUGUAUUAUGAAAAUAGGUUUGACCUCGUAUAACCCCAGAACUUCGUAAAGUACAAUUUGGGAAAUGCAAAACUGAAUAGAACAUAUCUAUCACGAAUAAUAUACCUUCAAUGAAAUAUUCAUUUCUUCGCAAAUUCGUUCAAAAGCAAAACCUAACUUGUAGCAUCAAUUAAACGGAUCAGUUGCGUUUCUAAUAUUUUUUUUAAUGUUGUUGCAAAUUUCAAUCGCAAUAUUUCAAGUGCAUACUUAUUCUGCAAAUUAUUAUCUACUUAUACGUAUAGUAUUGUACCAACACAUUUGCAUACAUUGCCCUUUUCACCUUUCUUUCGCAAACCAGAUACAUUAUCAACGACAUAUACAAAUCAGUGAAUGUGUGUAUUAACAAAUAUACAAGAUCGUUCAAAGUAAAUGUCAGUAAAUAUUGUUAAUGGAAACAUUAUCGGUAAAGUGUUUCUCGAUUCUCGACAUUUUAAUUUCAAUAUAAUUUAUACAUUAUUGUUUCUCAAUCAAUUUUAAUACGAAAGGAACAACUGCUAAAUAUUUAGUGCAUAAAUUCAAGAGAAACGACGAAACUUGAUCCCUGGAUGCACGAUUACGAAACUCUGACCUCACCAACAAAAUCGAUGAUUAUGAUUUCAAAUCUUGUGAGCACACAACUGAUUUAAAGUUUAAAGUAAUUCAGUUUAAAAAGAUGCAGUACUAGCGUACUAAAGCUAUUUUUUUAAGGAAUAACGAUAUCGCGUUAUAAAAAAUGUGAAAGGCUAAUGAUACUUCAUAGAAGAAGAAUAAAUAAUUUAAAUCGCGAUUGUUGACUGUCGAGUAAAUAAAUUCCAGAGUGAAAUGACUCAGAGAUCAAGGUGCACAGUUUGUUACUGAGUGAAGCAACAUAGAACAAGUUUUCUGUUUAUAGUCAGAAUUUUUGUUUUAUCUAAAAUAGAGGAUCUUACUGUUAACUAUCAAUAUGGAAGUAGAAUUAAUGGAUUAUGAUUAUAAAAUGCAAGCUAUUCAGCGAGCUCGUAAAAUACCAAGUGUGAACUAUUUAUGGGACAAAUCUACAAAAGUAUAUGAUCGCAUGAAAGGAACAAAUAUGUUUACUCAUUGGGCAUUUGAUGUAGUGGAAAAUGUUGUAAAUAAUGUACUUGAAAAAUCAUUAUUACUAGCUAAAUUAAUGGAGAAGCCAAUUUAUACUCUUGACAAAACACUUUGUCAAGGGCUUGAUUAUGUAGAAGUAAACCUACCAAUAAUCAAGGAGGAACCAAAUCAGAUUUUAAACCGUACCAAGUCAAUUGUUUUUAAACAUCUUCGACCUGCUGUUAAAACAUUCACUGAUUUAAAGCAAGAAACUAAACAUAAAGUUAGAGCUAUGACAUUACUUACUUAUUACAAGGUUCAUUACUUUAGGGUGUAUAGUUGGCAACAGGCAGAUAAAGUCAUGUCGACUGAAACAGGAAUUAGUAUUUUAAAGACUGUGGAUAGUAGUACCGAUCUUGCUGAAUUAAUGUUGGAUAAAUAUUUACCUGCAACAUAUGAAGAAUUCUAUACAAAUGAAACAGAAAAACUAUGCUGUGAACAUGUCAAACUUCAUCAUACUGUGGAAAAACUGAGUGAAUUUAGCUCUCGUGUUUCUCGACGUAUUUACUUCGCAUUAAUGGACAGAUGGCGACAUAUGUACAGAAUAGGAAUUCUUAUUCUGAUUUUACGUACAAUUAUUAUUCUCCAAGCAAUUCAAUUUUUAGGAUUAAUAUUGUCCUUUGUUUUUAAAUUGUUCAAUGAGUACUUUGGUUUUUGUUUGAUUGAGUUCAACAAUGAUAUGAUGUACUUUAAAAGUAAAUAAGUAUGCAUUAUUCAUACACGUAUGUUACAGGCAUCUUCGUGUACUUUGAAACAAAUACGUACACGAUAAUACGAACAAUUUCAGAUGACAAAAGGCAACACGCGAAUGACAUAAGUAAGUCCGUUUGGGAAACAUAGGUAAGAAACGAGAAAUUACAGUGUGACGCCGUCCUAUUCCCUGAAG